UGUAAUUAAUAACUCUCAGAAUAUUCUCUGCUCCUUCCUUCCAUUCACCUUCUUUCUUUUGUUUUGCACAAUUUCUUAAAAGAAUAUUGUGAUAAGUAUUUUGAUUUUGGAUUUCAUCUCUCACAAAAGCAAAGGAGUAACUACAGCUAGUCCAGGAGUAACUACAGUUAGUCUAGGAAUGGCAUGUGAAAAUGAAGCAUUCAGAAUAUGUAGUAAUGUAUCUGAAGCAUUGAGUUACAUGCCAUGUCCCCUGCAAUACACUGAGCCUAACACUCAAAAUGAGCUGUGGAUAUUCUGGAGCCAAUACAAUAACGAGUUCCCUACUGUAUUUCCCAUCACUGCUGCUACUACUAUCUAUCAUGAUACCAUUAAGGAGAAAAUCACAUCUGCUCUUAAGAAUGCCUACAUUUCUGACAACUUCGGAUGCUGGUUGGUUCAAUUUUGGGCACCUGUAACUUCUAAAGAUCAUAUUUUUCUAACAACUUGUGACCUACCUUUUGGUCUUACGAAACUCCAUGAAGGACUUUGUUUUUAUAGAUCAGAGUGUCUGAAAGUUAGAAUUCCUAUUGUAACUGAUAGUUCUGAGAAUGAGUAUCGACUUGGCCCUACUGGACGCGUGUUCAAACAUGGUUUGCCUGAAAUGAGUCCGGAUGUUUCGCGCUAUUCUGUUGCUGAUUUUCCUCAGCAUGGCUCGGCUUUAACUGCUGGUUUAGGGAACUAUUUGGCUGUACCGGUUUUUGAGCCUCUUAGUAAUGAAUGCGCUGGAGUACUCGAGAUCAUAGGGGAUAAGAAGGGAAGCUUCUCUCAAGACCUUGUUCAAAUGGUCUAUGAGAUGCUCAAUAAGACGGGCUUCAGAUCAUCAAACAUGUAUGACCAACCAGACAAGAAGCAGGGCCUUAGAGGGCUAGAACGCGCCCUAAAAGAGAUCGAGGAGCAGUUGAAUUUUAUAUGCAGAACACAUCAAUUACCUCUAGCUCAGACAUGGCUACCUAUCCUUGACAGAAGCAAUGUUGAAAGAUUCACGACCGCAGAGGAACAAUUUUGCAUAUGUACUUCAGCAGGCUAUGAGUUCAGAGCUGCUUGUGAUAUGGUUCACUUAGGGAAGAGUCAGGGGGUUGUUGGUAGGGCCUUUUUAUCCCGUAGUUCAUGCUUCUGCAGUGACAUCACAGAGUUACGGAUGAGUGAGUACCCAUUGGCACAUGUGGCACACAGAGUUGGAUUACGUAGCUCUUUUGCUAUAUGUUUGCAGAGUUCCUAUACCGGGGACUGUGUAUACAUAUUGGAGUUCUUUUUACCCCAAGAUAACAAGUCAGAUUGUCGAAGUCCACAAACCAUGUUGAAUAUGCUAUUGAUCUCGAUGAGGAGACAAUUUCGAAGUUUCAAGCUUGCUUCUGGACAAAAAUUAGGAGAGGAAUUAUCGGUUGAAGUUAUACCUGUUCCUUCAGAUGAUGGACUCGAGUCUUUUGAGAUGUGCCAUAGUGGGAAACCUAUAUCUGAUAUUGAAGCGGUAGCACGCCCGGAAAAAAUAUUGUGGUUUAACCCAUUGAAUAGAUUGCUGAAAAGUGGAAAUACAGUAAAUCUCUGUCCAGAAAAUGUUGAUCUAACUACAUCAUCAAGAACUACUAACACCACAACAAAUCUAACUAAUAAUGUGAGGCUCCAAACAAAUAGAGCUGUUGAGGAAGAAAGCAUGAUGAAGAUAUCCGAAAGGCAAUACAGAAUUAACAGUACAGUGCUUCAGCAAUCAGUCGGUGCAAAAGUUUAUGGCUCUGAAACCACUCUUGCAAGCCAAUCUGCUCGAAAUAAUCUUGGCACGGAGCAUCUUGAAGUUAAUGACAUGAGUUGCUCCAGUGAUCAGCUUGAAUACGCUAAAGGUGCUGAUAUAUAUUUUAAAGAAACCAGUGGAGGUGACCAGUUCUGUCAUGUCGCCACAACUUUCUUGACUCAUGCCGCAAGGCCUAACACACAAGCUGCGGGAGUGCACAAAGAAAGCACCAUUCCAAGAAAGCGUUCAGAUUUUGUAAACUCUUGUUUUCCAGCUGACGAGCUAGAAAGGUCAGCCAAGGUGCCUAAGUUAUCUGAAUAUGAGGAGCAACAGAUUAUAAGCAAGGAAGGUGGUUCCCUUCUAAAAGAUAACUUUGAAGGAGGAGCAACAUGGGCAUUUGAAGUUGGUUCAAAGUCUAUGGUCUGCCCUAUAAUAGUUGAGGAUCUGAAUCGGCCUCGUCAAAUGCGUGUGGAGAUGCUUUGUGAAGAACCAGUUCUGUUUGUGGAAAUAGCAAACAUAAUAAUAGGAAUUGGCUUGACCAUCUUACAAUGGGUUAUGGAAACGAGGAAUGACAAAACAUGGGCGACGUUCGUUGUAGAGGCAAACAGAGAUGUGACAAGGAUAGAGAUAUUGUACUCACUUGUUCGCCUCUUGGAGCAUAUAGCAAAGGUGGAGGAGAAUCUGCAAAUGUCAUUAAGUAUGACAUAAUGAUGUGAGGUUUCUUAGCUAGGUGACAUUCCAGCAGUUUUUGCUCUGUUGUACCCCGAAAACAACACUCCCCUUUGCAGUAUUCAUCUCAAUUAUGCCCAUAGUCUGUUGCUAAUUUGGUGAGUUUUGCAAUGGCUCAACAUUCUUCAAUACUCCAGCAGUUUGGCUCAAAAAAAUCAAGAUCAUAAUCAGAAGAAAUUUCGAUGACUUUGACUAAAAAGUUAGCCCCAAAAUUAUGUGCAGUAACUCAAAGAACAUUUACAUUUAUCUGCUUUCUCUCAGAUGUGUUAGCUUUUAAUUAAGUCCUAACAUGACGGGUAUGUAACUUUACUACCUUAGUACUAACUCUAAUAUUUCUCAAGACA